CGCAAAGAGACAUUGCGGCAUUCAUGUCAACAUCUCCAGGUAUUUACCUUGCCAAUAACUCGGCCCAACGACGACUGAAGCUGCCUACGCUGGUGAUCAUAUACCGCUGCGGCCUUGGACAAAUGAUUACAGCCCAGCAUAGGAGUCAUUGCAAAAUAGUCUGAGAGCCCGGGCUGCCAUCAUGGUGGUCUUCGCUCUCAUCAUCAUCAACAAGGCCGGUGGGCUUAUCUACAACCGAACCUUCCAUGAGGAUGGUUUAAACAAGUUGUCGACGAACGACUACCUUGUCCUUGCUGGUACCUUUCACGGAAUCCACGCAAUCACAGCCCGCCUGAACCCGAUCAAGGCACCACCAGCCGCGCCGGGGAACCGGCCGGACCCGCCCUCGGGGCUAGAGGUCCUGGAGACGGAAAACUUUCGCGCGCAGUGCUUCUGCACCCUGACGGGCAUAAAGUUUCUUCUCUUCACCGACACGACGCAGGCCAACGUCGACGUCACCAUCCGUCGCAUCUACGACCUGUACACCGACUACGUCAUGAAGAACCCCUUUUACCAGCUCGAGAUGCCCGUCCGCUGCGACAUGUUUGAACGCAAGCUCAACUCGUACGUCCGCGAGAUCAACAACAGGUAGCGACUGUCCGGCCGGGAUGGCGGCGGCUUGAUGCGCUUCAGGGAGAAGGAUCGGGUUUGGGUUCCUUGGGAUUGAUGAUUGAAGGCUGCGGGGCGUCGUUUGGAAUUUGUACCCUGUUUUAGUGAAGCCCCAGUUGUCUGCUGAUCAUGAAAGUGUAUUUGUUUAUGGGGAUGUCCCGGGAAUGGAGAACAUCCAUAUUUGAUUCUUGCAGCCAGAACCAGCAUCUAAAGUCUAUAACAAUAAAAACGCCACGUCUGGUUGCAUUGUUCCUCGUCCCAUAUCGACUCCAUCGAAAAC